CUUCAACCCACACAAACGACAAAAUAGAAAAUGACAGCUCUUUCGUUAGUUGCUCUUACUCAGCUCUGUCUGGUGCCUUUAUGUGUGUAGGUCUUGUAAACGCAUCAUAACUGUCAUAACAUUAUUUUCAGGAGUUUGUGAGAUUACGAAGAGACACUGAAGGCAACAGCAACCCUCUGGUUAUAUGUAGUGGGCGAAGUGACCUCGUCUAAAGUGAUGAAAUUCGUUCGUAGGUGAAACUUUUACAGCAAUAUGUUCCGGUCUGAUCAAAUACUGGACUUCUCCAGGUACCAAGACUAAAAGCGGCGGAAGACCAGAUCUCUAGUUAUCUAACUGCCUUUGUAUAUCAGAGGUUGCACCAAAUGCUACUUAGCUACACUGUUAGCAUUGUAGCAGCAAUCCGCCAAUUUGAAGGCAUCAUUGAGUCCUACUCAUAGUCUAUAUUCAGUCUAUGAUUCCACAGCGAUCAGCAAAAUGACGUCAGCGUCUACUAAAGUUGGGGAGAUCUUCUCUGCAGCUGGUGCUGCCUUCACCAAACUAGGAGAGCUCACCAUGCAGCUUCAUCCAGUGGCAGACUCCAGUCCUGCAGGUUCCCAUCCUUGCUCUAGUGGUCAGACGAAGAGCACAGUGAAGAGGAAGCUGUAUGAAGAUGGUGCUCUACCUCCUUCCUCUGAUGGGCCUAAGAAGGUCAUCAAAAAAGCCACGGUUACUGUUGCCAUGAACACACAGGGCACUCCAGCCAUCAUCUCUGUGCCCACAGCUCAGGUUGUUGUGCCACCAGGACUACAGGGUCCCCCCACCGGCCAGCUCCCUCUGAAGAAACAGAAGACUGCAGAUGUGACCCUCAGUGCUCUGAAUGACUCAGAUGUCAACAGUGAUCUUGUGGACAUUGAGGGACUGGGUGAGGGAUCCAACUCCAAAAAACUCAACAACUUUGAUCAAGAUAACCUGAACUUGGACUCCAGCCUCAUCAUGAAUCCCAGUGACCUGCCUCUGCUCUCCCGUUGACCUUUCACCUCCUGUGAAUUUCAUACAAAUGAUGGACAAAACUAUGAAAAAGGUUGUAAUAAAAUGGAACGAUCCUUUGUGCCAGAUGACCCUGACCCACCCACAUUGGAGUAAAUAUAGCAGGACUGAAUAUUGUGUGGGGUCAUGCAGUCAACCCUAUCCCACUAACUACCUGUUGGCACCAUUAGAAAUGUUUUUACUGCAAGACAUUUUCAUUUUAGACCAUUUUCUCUCUUCUUCGUUGACAUUAACUUUGUUUGAAUGUCCAAAAAAGUUCUAAAAUUUAUAAGAAAAAAGAAAGAGCAGCCAGGAAAACAACAGCAAUACAACAGAGAAACCUUAGCUUCAUUGACAACAAUGUUGUAUUUCAUGUUGAAGUCAAUCUUGGCACAUUUUGAAAUUAUCUGUAUUAACAGAUGAUAACACAAGGGUCGUUAGAGUUGUUAUUAAUUAAAGGUAUUUAGUACAACAAAGACAUUCUGCAGAAAUGCAUAAUUGGAUCCAAUGUAUCUUCAAUAUGAAUUGUCUAAAUGUCUUCAUUCCUGUAAACCUGCCCGCAAAAGCGUAUUGUGGUUAAAAGGACACAAAGGAUCAGAUCAUUCACUCGAUUUUUACAUACCAGUUAAGACUAGUGGCAUAGUUAUCAUAAUUAUCAUAAUUAUUUUCUUGAGAUAAAACAUGUUUCUGUGGCGAGAGUACACAUUUUGUAAGACAAGAUAUUAGAAACCUUAAUAGAGAAUAGGCCUUUUUUCACAGAUUAAGAAAUUAGUUAUAAGUUUAGAAAUUUAGAAACCCUCUGUCUGUACAAAGACAGUGUUGGAACAAAGUGUGUUACUACAUCCUGUUUGGUCAGGGAUUCGUCCUACAGCAAGAUAAUGAGCCAAAACAUUAGAAGAACAGAACUAGAUGGAAGGUUCACAUGAUGGGGGAGCAGGGACCAGACUUUAACACCCCAUGGUGCUGGUUUGGGAUGAACAGGACAGAAGGGUGAAAGUAAGGCAAUCUACAAGUGCAACACAUUUGUAGGAAUUUCUGCAACAGCGUUGGGAGGAAUUUUCCAAACAAUGUUUCAUUUCCAUUGCAGAAAGAAUGCCACAAGUGCAUUCGGCUGCUGUUUGAGUGAAGAAUAUAAAAUUUAGGAUUUAAGAUUCAUUUUUUUAAUGUAUCACUUAUUGUUCUAUGCUUUAAUUUCACAGAGACAUUAUGCUAUGUAAAUUUCAGUAACAGCUGGAAAAAUGGAGAUGUUCUAAAACUUUUGGCCAGUAAUACAGCACAUUCCUUUUUUGACACAGACUUGUAACAUUUCUGUCACAAGUUGUGGUUUCAGUGGGAAGUAUGUGCUAGAUCUUUUUCUUGGCAAACGACAGCCAUGAAUUCUAGGAGUCUUGUUGUCAUGAUGCUACAGGGACACUCUGGGCAGAUGAAUAAAUUGUUGUUUGUGGGCUGUAGAGGUGUUGGAAAGUUUGGAUAAAGCCCAGCUGGUGGUUUCCCCACAUAACCACAUUUGAUUCCAUCUUUGCACAGACAUGGAACUGAUACCCAUCAACUCAACAAGUAGGCCAGUAACAUAAAAUGUGAUACUUUUCCUUUAAAAACAAUAUUUACUAUCUGGAGAUUACCUUUGAAAAUAUUAUCAGCUUUACUACCAACAUUUUUGGACUCAGUACUUGAUCAUUUAUCAGUGCAAUAACCAUAAUGGUCAUAAAUGCUGGGAAAUAUUCACCUGAUGAAGUAUCAGUAUCAUCAUGACAUCAAUCCAUCUAUGUGAAAGUGAAGUCAAAUAUAAGAUCAUUGUGGUUCUUAUCCUACUCUAUUUCUGUUUCGAAGGUCUAAUAGCAAUAACCCAUAUUUAUAGCAGACUUGCAUAUUAAAUUAAUUGUGGAAGUUGAAAUGCCAUGAAAUGCUUUCCGUUAACAUUUUAUUUACAAACUGUUGGCUCUGGUUUUGCCUACUGUAGCAUUUAACAGCUUUGUAUAUUUUCUAUUACUACAGAGAAAUUUCAUUCAAAUUCAAAGCAUGCUGUAUUUUGCAUAGGCAUUUUUUCCCUUUGAGGCAACCAUUGGCUUCUAUUAAAUUCAGUAUAACUUG